AUGUGCAUUUAUGUGUUCGCGCUUUGUGUCACUCUCGGCGUCGCCUUGUGCGACCCGAAAGUCUUUUACCCCGAAAUCAUCCGGCAUCGGGCGCGCAGAAGUGUCGACGGGGACCUGAUGGAAAUUCGAGUGAUGGAUUGGACGUUGGAGCUUAAUGAACGAGAUAAUUUGAUGGUGGAUAAGACGAUUGUCGAGUGGGUGUCCGAAAAUGGGACGAGGGUGGAAACGUUGCGGGCGGAUUGUGAGUUUAAGCAAGGCCGCGUCCGGGGGCUGGAGAGUAGGUCGACGGUGGUGGCCACAGUUUGUGACGGUAGAGUUUAUGGGUAUUUGAAUGUUGACGGCUUAGGACAUUUCGUUGAGCCUUCGGAUGAAAUUUCGAAAGCUCAUUUGUUAUAUUCGAGAGAAUCGGAACGUCAGAAACGUUCGAUAACAGGCCCACACUUUUUGUACAACCUAACGGGCGACACGAUAGAAAUUGGUAACGAAGCAAAUGUGGAAAAUGAGGAAAUCGCAGAUAACGAACCGGAAUUCCAAAUAGACAAACCCAGAAACAACUCCAUUAAAUCCAUACCUGAAUGGAACUUGUAUCAGAUCGAGGACGAAGAGCUGGGAUACUUUGUCGACACCGCCUGGUCCUCCUACAACGUCGAACAUGCAAUCUCGGUGGGAUCGAAUUUGGAAGAGAGAUGGUUGGAAAUAGCCAUGGCGGUUGAUUAUUCUGUAAUAGGUUUUCAUGGUAAAUCGAAGGUGGAACAGUACGUGUUGGCGUUGAUGAACAUCGUCAGCGCUAUCUACCAAGACCCCUCGCUGGAAGCGAACCUGAAACUCUCCAUCACCCGCCUGAUAUUCUUCGAGCACAAAUCCCAAUCGACGUUGCGUCGCGGUCACGCGAAACGCAGCCUGGAAAACGUCAACCUGUGGAACUCCAGACUGCACGCGUCCUUAAAACCGGGCGACGCUGUCCACGACAUAGCCGUUUGGCUCACCCGAUUGGAUAUCGGCGGUCCGUCGGGAUUCGCCCCCGUCGCCGGGGUAUGCGAUCCGAAGAGGAGCUGCUCGUUGAACAGGGACGAGGGACUGAGCAGCGCCUUCAUCGUCGCCCACGAAAUGGCACACAUAUUGGGACUGUCCCACGACGGGGACAAGAAACAUAAAAACAAUUGCGGCCCCCUGUCGCAGGAAGGGAGCGUGAUGGCACCGGUGGUCUCGGCAACGUUCAACAAGUUCGUCUGGUCGGACUGUUCGAAACGCGAAUACAAAAAACUCUACCAGAAAUGGACGUGUCUAUCGAACCGCCCGCAAGGAGGAGAAGGAAUCAAGUUGAACGCCACCCUCCACAAUUUCUUCAGCAUGGACGAGCAAUGCAGAAUGGAAUUCGGCGACGGGUACAAAAUGUGUCGGGCGUUCGAUAUCGUGGAGCCGUGCUAUCAUUUAUGGUGCGGGCACAGCAAAUCUCCCUUGGUUUGCAAGACGAAGAAGGGACCGCCUCUGGAGGGAACCGAAUGCGGGUUUGGAAAAUGGUGCGUAAAGGGUUUCUGUCAGGAAAUCCAGGGCGACUGGUCCAGCAAAACGCCGAUCAUGCUGAACCCCCAAGACGGCGGUUGGAGCGAUUGGAGCGCGUGGGGAACUUGCAGCAGAUCCUGCAACUCCGGUGUGCAGUUUCGCAGCAGGAAAUGCGACAAUCCCGAACCGAGUUACGGUGGUAAAGCAUGUGAGGGCGCGAACGAGGAGUGGCGAGUUUGCAACACGGGCGACUGUCCAGCUCCUCUGCAGGAUUUCAGGGCGCAGCAGUGCAAAAUGCUGCCUAGGUUGUAUAAUUUCCAGCUGGAUAGGGCCAAGUUCACCUGGUUACCGUACGAAAUCGACGACCCCGACUCCAAAUGCAAAUUAUCCUGUAUGAGUCUCGAAACCAAAGAGAUAUAUUUGACGGAAGAACCUUUGACCGAUGGGACGCGUUGUUCUUACGACGAUCCGGAUAAUAUUUGCGUGCAAGGAAAAUGUGAAAAAAUUGAUUGCGAUGGAAAAAUACGGUCUGGAAAACGUCGAGACCUUUGUGGUGUUUGCGGUGGAAAUAAUUCGGAGUGUAGAAGUUUUACGGUCGCGUCCGAGAGAAGUUUAAAAAGAGAAAUAAACAGAUUAACGGUGCUCCCCUAUCUGUCCCGCGGGAUAAAGAUCGAUGCAAACUUUACAUCGCCCAACACUAACGAUCCAACCGUAGCUUUCAUCAUCAAGAAUCGCAGGAAAAAGAAAUUCCGCGUCACCAUUCCAAAUUUGAGCGUUCACACCGAAAUCGUCGAGGGCACGAAAUUCGAUUACAGGAAACGAAUCAACAGGCACACGAUCCGUGCCAGAGGACCCGUUUUAGCCGAAAUGAUGCUAUUGCUCUAUUCUCCACUUUCGACCGUAAACGCGGGCCUCAACGUGUCGCUGUCGGUCGAAUACACGAUCCACAAGGGCGACCUGAAACCGUCGAGCCGUUUCAGCUGGAUAUUGGGCGGCUGGGGCCCCUGUUCCGCCAGCUGCGGCGGCGGCAAGCGCCAAAAGACGGCGGCCUGUUGGGACAACAGCGGCAGGAAGGUGGUACGCAGGAAAUUCUGCUCGCUGCUCGAUAAACCCGCUCUGGACACGCAAUCGUGCAACACGUUCGAGUGCAACUUCCAAUGGAUUGCGGGCGAAUGGGAGCCUUGUUCGAAGACUUGCGGACUUCACGGCGUCCAAUUCAGGGAGUUGUACUGCGUACCGAAUCACGUUUUGAACGUGAUUUUGUUCAAACAUAACGGUACGGUGAUGAAGGAUCCCUGGAAGCACAUGGUUAAUCCUGCCAAAUGUCCCGAUACCAAGCCGAUCUCGAUGAGGAGUUGCAACCAGUUUCCAUGCGAGAUCGACUGGAGUUUCGGCGAAUGGUCGCAGUGUUCGACGUCAUGUGGUAGAGGCCUGUCGACAAGAUCGGCCUUCUGUCCAUCCCCAGAGGACAACGAAAUUUUCACGUGCAACGACAAACCUCAAACUCAAUUUAGGAAUUGCAGGGGCAACUUGACGAAAACACCCUUCUGCCAUAACCGCAGGAAACACUGCGACAAAGACCAGUCGCAAUACUGUAACCUCGAUUUGUUCACCAAGUACUGUAGUUUGAGGGAUUUCAGGAAGAUUUGCUGCAAAUCCUGCUCAAGUAUUUUGACGGUGCAAACAAUCAUCUGAUUGAUUUAAUUGAAUUGUAUUUCGUUUUUUAUCGUAGUAAAUUAACAUGUCUCCAACAAAAAUCUAUUUUUUGAUUAUCUAAAACAUGUGUUUAAUAUGUUUUGUUUCGUGUUUUUAUUAUCGAGAUAAAAACAUGAUUGUUACUUCAAACACAAUUUUUACCUGUGUUAAUACUUGAUGUAACAAGUAAUUAAUUCAGUCAAUAUCAUUACAAAAAGGACUGUUAAAGGAUCAAAUGAUUAUUAUUAUCUGGAUUAACAUAAUAAUCUUUAAUGUGGUCGCUGUUUGUGUUCAUUAAUUAAGUUUACACACGCUAUUUUUGUACUUGUAUGUUUCAGGCAAAGAAAAUAUUUUGUUCAGUAAUUUUAUAAGAGAACUUUUUAAUAGAAAAAGGAAACAAUAAAUCAAUUAGUUUUAUAUAGUGGGGAUCCUUAUUAUAGUAACUUUUUAAAAUGUUAAAUAUUAUGAUCAUAACUAUUUUAUUUAAUGUGAGUUGUAAUAAUAUUAAUUUAUUAAUGUUGUUUUAUAGUCCAUUCAAAAAACAAAACAAAACAAAAUUAUUCUUAAUUGGACUGGACAUAUGUAAGUAUAGCAACUUUGAUUUUUAUUGACUAAGUUAUAUAUUAUUAUUAUAUUUUGUAUAAUAUCCUUCUUACUUUACAAUUUCAGCACAUCUCCGAGAUAUAAAGUCGACCAAUUUUCAAAUAAAUGACCUGCCUAUAUUCCUUCAAUCUUCUUGGAUGGCUGUGAAGAGUUGGUAUAAUUUUUAUGUCG